AUGUCGACUCCAUUCCCUCCUAAAAAGGAGAAACCACUCGCCAACAGUCCACCUGUGGUCAUCCCAGCCGCAUCGAGUGAAUCGACUUCUAAUGUUCAAGAGGAAGAUCGCAAACGACUGUUGGAAACAUCGCAAGCAGGCGCUGCUCCCCCACCGCCGGUCAAAGAGCGCCCACGUCCAAAGUUGCGGGCAAGCAAAGCUGCAAUGUCACUUACUCCAGAGGCCGUUAGCCGUCUGCGUUCGCUCCUGUCGGGCCCGAAUCCUCAAUACAUUCGUGUCGGCGUACGAAACAAGGGAUGUGCCGGCAUGUCCUAUCAUCUCGAGUAUGUCGACAAGCCGGGAAAGUUUGACGAGCGCGUCGAGCAGGACGGCGUCACCGUCUUGAUUGACUCAAAAGCGCUGUUCAGCAUUAUUGGGAGCGAGAUGGAUUGGGUCGAGGACAAGCUAAGUUCCAAGUUUGCGUUCAAGAAUCCAAAUAUCAAGGACGCUUGUGGAUGCGGAGAAUCCUUUACCGUAACGGAACAACAAUAA